CACUCUCUUCUCCCCCUCGUCCCCACCUAAAACCUCACGCACCCCGCGCCGCCGCCGCCGCCGCGAUGACCGCUCCUCUCGCCCUCGGGGGCGGGCGGGGCCUCCGGUGGCUGCUCCCGCUCCUCCUGCUCCUAAUCACCGCGCUCGCACCUCCGGCGGCGUCGCAGCUGCCGGCCACCCCGCGGCUGCAGGAGGCGUACGCGGCGCUGCAGUCGUGGAAGCGCACGGCCAUCUUCUCCGACCCCUUCAACUUCACCGCCAACUGGGUCGGCCCCAACGUCUGCGCCUACAACGGCGUCUUCUGCGCGCCGCACCCGGCCGGCGGCGGGCUCACCGUCGCCGGCAUCGACCUCAACCACGCCGACAUCGCGGGCUACCUCCCCGCCGACCUGCCCCGGGGCCUCCCCGACCUCGCGCUGCUCCACCUCAACUCCAACCGCUUCUGCGGCGUGCUCCCGGACGCCUUCCUCCACCUCCGCCUCCUCCACGAGCUCGACCUCAGCAACAACCGCUUCGUCGGGCCCUUCCCGCGGGUGCUCCUCGCGCUGCCGGCGCUCAGGUACCUCGACCUCCGCUUCAACGACUUCGAGGGGCCCAUCCCGCCCGCGCUCUUCGACAGCCCGCUCGACGCCAUCAUCCUCAACAACAACCGCCUCACGCGCCCCAUCCCGCCCAACCUCGGCAACUCGCCCGCCUCCGUCGUCGUGCUCGCGCACAACAGGCUCGGCGGCUGCAUCCCGCCGUCCAUCGGGAGGAUGGCCGCCACGCUCAACGAGAUCGUCCUCAUCGACGACGAGCUCACCGGCUGCAUCCCGCCGCAGGUCGGCCUGCUCAGCCAGGUCACCAUUUUCGACGUCAGCGGCAACUACCUCCAGGGCCCGCUCCCGGGAACCGUCGCCGGGAUGUCGGCCAUCCAGCAGCUCAACGUAGCGGCCAACCUCCUCCGGGGCCCCGUGCCGCCGGCCGUCUGCGGCCUGCAGAGGACCCUAAGGAACUUCACCUACGAGGACAACUUCUUCACCUCGCGCCCCGGGUGCGCCGCCGCCACGGCGGACGGGAGGUGGAACUGCAUCCCCGGUGCCCCCGCGCAGCGCCCGCCGCCACAGUGCGCCGCCGCGGGCGUCCCGUUCGACUGCAGCACGGCGCAAUGCCAGGCACCGCCGCCGGCGUCCGGCCCCCGUGGUGGCGGCGCGCAACAUGGAGGUGGCAGCGGGCCGCCGUCUCCGCCUGGGUCGGGCUCCGGCAGUCCUUCGCAGCCAUUGCCGCCGCCAGGCUCCAACACGCCCUCCUAUCCGACGCCGCCAGGGAGCUCCACGUCCCCGCCUGGGGGCUCCACCACGCCGUCAUAUCCGUCGCCGCCAGGGAGGUCCACCACGCCUUCAUAUCCGUCGCCGCCAGGGAGCUCCACGUCUCCACCAGGAGGCUCUUCGACGACGCCGCCCAGCGGCGGCGGCAGCCCCAACCCGUCAAUGCCACCUUCAUCCGGGCCAUCCCAUGGUGGCUCGCCUCCGUCCUCCGGUUACCAGCCGCCGUCGUCCGGGUGGUCGCCGUCCGGUCAACCCGUGGGAGCACCACACACUGAGCACCCCGGUGGCGUCUGGCCGCCGCAUUCGCCGUCGGUUCCAGGCGCACCAGGAUCGCCAUCCACGCCGACAACUCCCGGCACGCCAGGAUCAACAUACCCGCCGGCAACUCCAGGCAAACCAGGAUCGCCAUACUCCCCGGCGACUCCCGGCACACCAGGAUCAACAUACCCGCCGGCAACCCCAGGCACACCAGGAUCAACAUUUCCACCGACGACUCCCGGCGCACCAGGAUCGCCGUCCACCCCGACAACUCCCGGCACGCCAGGAUCAACAUACCCGCCGGCAACUCCAGGCACACCAGGGUCGCCGUCCACCCCGGCGACUCCCGGAUCACCAGGAUCAACAUUUCCACCGACGACUCCCGGCGCACCAGGAUCGCCGUCCACCCCGACGACUCCCGGCACGCCAGGAUCAACGUUCCCGCCGACGACCCCCGGCGCACCGGGGUCGCCGUCGACACCAGGAUACCACCCUCCGUCCCCAGGAACACCGUCUUCUCCAGGUUCGCGGUCGCCGCCACCCCAAGGCGGAGGUGGCGACCACGGCGGUGACCACGGGAACCAGCACUCCCCACCCUCCACGCCUGGCGGCGGCGGAGGCCUCCCAUUCCCGCCGGUCCACGGGGUAGCAUACUCCUCGCCGCCGCCGCCGCCGUCCGACCCCGGGAAGCUGCCGUUCCCGCCGGUCCACGGCGUGGCCUACUCCUCGCCGCCGCCGCCCCUCCCGCCGCCCUACGUCCACGGUGUGUCCUACGCGUCCCCGCCGCCGCCAACGACGCCGUACAAGAGCAACAACUAGCCGUAGCAGCCGAGCCGAGCCGGCCGGCCGGUCGCCCCCUCCGCGCCCGGGCGUUCGGCGCACCCGCCAGGGACAACAGAGUCGUCGUCACCAGUACAUCUUGCCCUGUAGCUGCUCCUCUCUUCCCCCAUUUCUUCCUUCUUCCUCCUGCUCCUCUUUUUUCCACUGUAGCUUUAAGUUUCUCUCUUUUGAGGUUUGUUCGAUCGGAUUGGAUUCAGAGGCUCUGCGGAUUCUUUGUUCUUACUCUCUACUUACUAGUAGUUCUUUACUCCUACAGUAGCUUCCUCA